UUUGAGUUCUUGAAUGCUCAUAUAUCUAAGCUCUUUUCCGUCAUAUUGAUUAUCAAACAUGACGAAAGGUACGUCAAGUUUUGGUAAACGUCGCAAUAAGACGCACACCUUGUGCCGUCGUUGUGGCAGAUCGUCGUACCACAUUCAGAAAUCAAAGUGUGCGCAGUGUGGUUACCCAAGCAAGAAGUUACGGCAUUACAAUUGGAGUGUGAAGGCGCAGCGAAGGAAGACCACUGGGACCGGCAGGAUGCGCUUCCUGAAGGUUGUCAGGCGGCGUUUCAGGAAUGGAUUCCGCGAGGGCGGCAAGCCAACGCCCCGUAAGGUUGCCGGAUCAUAAAUUAUGAAGAAUUAAAGUAUGUUAAGCAUGCAAAUUUAAUUUCCAGUGCAUCUGAAACAUUAAGUAUGUUUGAUAACUACAUGUAUUUUACUUUAAACAGCAACAAUGGAGGCACUGAAAAUAAAUCUGUUGUGUUUA